AUGGUUCGCGCCGCGCUCCCUCUCCUUGCCGCUCUGGCUGGCUCUGCCGUCGCCGCCGAAACAACAACCGUCAAAAUCCUUGUUCUUGGCGACGAGUCCCCCUUCGUCGGCUCCGUCGUCAACGUCGACUCGAGCGCCACUACCUUUGCCGUGCAGUGUCCCUCCGGCACGCCCUCGGACGAGUGUGGCUUGCCGCCGGGUGGUGCGACUAUUACCCAGGGUGAGAGUACAUGGCAAUGGAGCCUUGGCAUGUCUAAUAGCGAAAUAGGGGUUCUCACCCAAAAAGCCAACUGCAAGCUUGACCCGUCCAAGGACGUCGCCGCCUGCAAGAUCGAAUUCACCGAGGGCUCGCAGGUGACCUCUUCCGAGGUCACUGAAUCCGGCUACAAGACGUCCAUGUUCCCCGUUACCAUCACCGCCGGCGCCGACAAGCUCUCUGCUUCUCCCGGCGCGAGCGCCACCAAUGGCGGAUCCAACAGUGCCUCCGAGACGGCUACUGCAAAGACUACCCAAGCGAGCAAGACUUCUAGCACCGGAGAGGCCGGACAGCCGGGUGAAGCCGCGGCAACUUCCACCACUGGCAAGAACGCCGCGCCGGCUGUGACGCAAAAUGCUGUUUUGGCUGGCGUUGCCGCUAUUGUGGGCGGUGUUUUGGCCAUGUGA